UUGGCUGACAGUCGUUUACCCUUCUUCUCGCACGAAGGAUUUCUGCAGGCGGCAAAAUCUCGCUAGAGCUCCACAAACCGGAAGAUACUUCCUUCAUCUGUUGGAAAACAUGUCUGGCUCAAGGAGGAAGACCAGGGAACCCAAGGAAGAAACUGUGACACUUGGCCCUGCCGUUAGGGAAGGCGAGCAUGUUUUUGGUGUUGCUCACAUUUUUGCCUCAUUCAAUGAUACAUUCAUUCAUGUGACUGAUCUUUCUGGGAGGGAAACCCUUGUCCGCAUCACAGGUGGGAUGAAGGUGAAAGCCGACAGGGAUGAGUCCUCUCCAUAUGCAGCUAUGCUUGCAGCACAAGAUGUUUCUCAGAGAUGCAAGGAACUUGGCAUUACCGCUCUUCAUAUUAAACUCCGUGCCACCGGAGGAAACAAGACUAAAACACCUGGCCCAGGUGCCCAGUCUGCACUUCGUGCUCUUGCUCGUUCUGGAAUGAGGAUUGGUCGUAUUGAGGAUGUGACUCCAAUUCCAACAGACAGCACUCGCAGAAAGGGUGGAAGAAGAGGAAGAAGGCUGUAAGCUCGCUCCCGAACUCCUUUUAUGGCGCUAUGUUGGUCGUUUCUCUAUGGUUCUGAUCCUCUCCUUAAUCAUGCUACCUUAGUUUUUCAGAACUCCAGCUUGUUUUUGAUUAUUCCUUUAUCAGGGAUGUUUUGUCUUCGUAUUUGUUUUAUGUAGAACUGAGACUUGUGAAAGAGGAAUUUUUGGGUUUAGUUUAACAAAUCAAUACAAUUCUCCUUAUUAUUGAAUGAAAAUUGUGGUCAUUGAAAUACUUUAUAAAACGUAUUGUUAAGUUGAUUAUUGG